CCAACUGAAUUUCUAGUACUGUGGUUUUAACUAAGUUCUAUGCUUCCUGGAGUGAUUUGACCUUCCUGACUUUCCCUUUCAACUUCCUUCUUACCCGUCCCCUCAUUUUUGAUAAGUCUCCUCUUCUCAAGGCCUGUAUGUCCAGGGGUUGUGAGGCUUGUGAAGAGGAAAUGCCAUAUAUAUUUAUUGCAGAAAGAACUGUUUUGGAUUUAUGACUGGAACAUGGAAGGUCAGAACUAAAAUAACUGGUGAAACAUAGUAUGUAGUCACAACCUAACAGGUUACAAUAAAUUACAAGGAUGCAAGGAUUUAGGCUGUAUACUCUACAUGAUUUCGGAAUUUUGGUCCAAAUUGAGAACUGUUCUUCUCCUGGCACCAAAUACUUGUCUCUGCACUGAUGUCACUCAGGAUCAAAGCUAGGGUCCAAGAUGCAGGGGAGUCUAUAUUGAAACAGAUUGAAGGGAGCAGUAUAUGGGACUUGUAAAAAAAAAAAAAAAAAAAGAGCAAGAGAUCCUGGAUCCUUGGCUAGAAAUGCUCAUUUUCCCUUCUUUAAAAAAACCAUUUUAUCUUUGUAGUUGGAUUUGUUGGUGUAUUUUUGUUUGCUUUAAUAUGUCAUUAAAUUGUGUGUCUUACUAUAUUGUUUGUUGUUUUGUGAACUGCCCAGGGAACAAUUUGUUGUUGGGCAGCCAUCUCAAUAAACUCAUUAUUUUAUUUUAAAACUUAAAGCCGCAAGAAUGUAUACUCCUGACAGACCGGGCCAGUUCAGAUAAGCAUUUACCUUUACUACACGUGGUAAAGUUGGAGCUGCAACGAGAAUGCAUACAUCCUGACAUCACUGAGCACCUUGCCCUUGCAUUCUCAACCUGUCCUUUAAUCCCAUGUGAGGGGUGAUAUGGAAGAACACCCCUCACACACAAUUAAAGGACCUGCCAAGAACACAUCAGCACAUCAUCUGGUGACGUCAGAGUGAGUGCUUUCUCACUGAGACUCCAGCAUUACCACGUAUAGGUGUAAAUGUUCAUCUGAACCGACUCACUGGUAUAUUGGCUUAGCAGGACUUAAUAGCCUUGCCUGUCUGGACUGUCCUUUCUUUAAGAGAGAAACCUAUAGAAAUCCUUGAAGAACCUUUGAUUUUCCCUGCAGUUUUAUUUGCAGUAAAGAGCAAAGAUGGGAGAGGACCACUCAGCUGGCCCUGAAGCACAAAGAGGCCCUCUUGCUGUCCAGAAUGCGACCAGUGAUGAGAUCUGGGAGAGAACUGUGCAGAAGAUGCUGGGUGAGGACACUACCAGCUCAGUUGCAAAGUGCCAGAGACUCAGGCAGUUCUGCUACCAGGAGGCCGAGGGCCCCCGAGAGAUUUGCAGCCGAAUUCACAGACUUUGUCAUCAGUGGCUGAAGCCAGGAAAACACACAAAGAUGCAGAUCCUGGACCUGGUGAUCUUGGAGCAGUUCCUGACCGUCCUGCCUCCGGAGAUGGAGAGCUGGGUGAGAGAAUGCGGAGCGGAGACCAGUUCCCAGGCGGUGGCCCUGGCAGAAGGUUUCCUCCUGAGCCAAGCAGAGGAGAAGAAGCAGAAAGAGCAGCAGAGUCUGAGACUGUUAAAAGUGGAUCCUGAUUGCUCUGAGGUGGAGAAAGUUGCAUCGGAGCCCGGAGUGAGGUCACUGUUCAGGGAGAUCGUGCAGGAGAAUGAAGGAGGUGCCACCUUGCCCGGUGGCGAAAUCCAUUCUUUCUCACUAGCUCCUCAUUCCGGACCUCAUAGUCUUUGUAGUGGGGCAGAGAUGACCUCUAUGCAACUGGACGAGGGCCCGGUGACCUUUGAGGAAGUGGUGGUGAAUUUCUCCAAGGACGAGUGGGCUCUGCUGGAUCCAGAGCAAAGGGCUUUGCACAGGGAAGUCAUGGAGGAAGCCUGUGAUCAUCUGGCGCCACUGGGUGAUGGAAGGGAGGGUGAGGAAGAGGGAGAACCACAGAGAAGGAAGAAAGAAGCAAACUAUGUUUAUGCGAAGAAACCUGCUGCUUCUGAGUGCUGUGACUUCCAUGAAAUUCCAGUGCAAACGUGGGAUGGCAGAGAAAGCAUACAGAAGGAAUACCUUCCAGAUGCAAAAACCUUAACUACUAACAUAAGCCUUAACAGACAUCAAAGAAUUCAUGUAAGUGAGAAAAAAUAUGAAUGCUCGGAGUGCGGAAAGAGCUUCAGCCAUGGUGCAUCACUUACUUACCAUCAAAGAAUUCACACAGGGGAGAAACCAUAUCAGUGUUCAGAAUGCGGGAAGUGUUUCAGCUGGAGCUCUCACCUUAGUUCCCAUCAAAGAAUGCACACAGGGGAGAGACCCUAUCAAUGCUCAGAGUGUGGAAAGAACUUUAGCCAGAAGUCACAACUUGCUUCCCAUCAAAGAAGCCACACAGGGGAGAAACCAUAUCAUUGCUCAGUUUGUGGAAAGAGCUUCAGCCAGAAGUCAGGCCUUAAUUAUCAUCAAAGAAGCCACACAGGAGAGAAACCAUUUAAAUGCUCGGAAUGUGGAAAGAGCUUCCGUAGCCUAACUGGCUUUACUUCCCAUCAAAGAAUCCACACAAGGAAGAAAUUAUAUCAGUGCUCGGAAUGUGGAAAGAGCUUCUCUUCCAGAAAAAACCUUAUGCGCCAUCAAGGAAUCCACAGAGGGGAGAGACCAUAUCAGUGCUUGGUGUGUGGAAAGGGUUUCCAUGACAGCUCGUACCUUUCUUCCCAUAAAAGAAUACACACUGCAGGAAAACCAUAUGAAUGCUCAGUGUGUGGAAAGAGAUUCAGCAUGAACAAAACGCUUAUUUGUCAUCAAAGAACCCAUACAGGGGAGAAACCGUAUCAGUGUUUGUUGUGUGGAAAGAGCUUCAGACAGAACUCACAGCUUAGUUCCCAUCAAGGAAUCCACACAGGGGUCAAAGUGUAUAAAUGUUCGAUAUGUGCAAAGAGCUUUGCCAGGAACUCACGGCUUAAGGAGCAUGAAAGAAUCCAUACAGGCGAGAGACCAUAUCAGUGCACAGUGUGUGGAAAGAGCUUCAGGUCUAGCUCAGGCCGCAAUGAACAUUUAAAUAUCCACCCACGGGAGAGUAUUUAAAUACUUGGAGGUGGUCAGCUCCUUAGUCCGAAUCUAUCAUUUCACAACGGUAAAGCACCUACAUUCAUUUUUAGGUAGGGAAGACAUCUGCCCAAGACUCCAUUUGAAGUCAGAUGUGGGAUUCAUGUCUCAGCCAUUGCCCCCAUUCAAACGCCAGCCCUUAAACUGUCUCAGUGACCUCUUCAUAAAGACAUCCCUCUCUGUCUGCCGAUAUGUAAUUGGAAUGCAGCACUGGUUGUAUUUUUCCCCCUGCAAAAAGAAGUGAGUCCCUAGCCCUGUCCAGAUAGGGUAUUGAACACUUGAACAAUGAGUAUACAGUCUAGGUAAAGUGUGCCGUCAAGUUGAUUUCAAUUCUUGGCAUCCACAGAGCCCUGUGGGUUUUUUUGGUAGAAUACAGGAGGGGUUUACCAUUGCCUCCUCCCACGCAGUAUGAGAUGAUGCCUUUCAGCAUCUUCCUAUAUUGCUGCUGCCCAAUAUAGUACCAGGGGGUGGGGAGAGAUUCGAACAUGCAACCUUCUGCUUGUUAGUCAAGCAUUUCCCCGCUGCUCCACUUAAGGUGGCUACACUGGUACAAUUAUUCAAAUGUUAUGUUGAACACAGGGAUGGCAGUACACUUCCUAUCCCUACUAUGCAUUUGAGGAGCCUGUUCAGUUUUUAAAAUGAAGCAGGUACAGUCAUUCACACACACGAGUGUACAGACAACUGUUGCAGAAGUUUCAGACUCCUAAACAGUGGGACUCCUCUGUCAAUCCCAUGCUACAGAGUGUCAUGGAUAGUGAAAAUAAAAUCACUUUUUCUUUC